AUGCCCAGCUCCCACUUCUCUGACAUGGCCGACCAUGACUCUUCGAAUAGCCUUUUUGGCCUCCAGGAUCCAAAUCUAGGCUUCGUCGACGAUGGCUCGGUCGUGAAAUCCGACCCCUCCUCCUCCUCCCUGCCCAACGACUCCUCCUCCUCCCGUCCCCAGACCCAGCAGCAAUACUACGACGCCGCCGCAUGGCAGUUCAACGGCACGCCCCCUUACGACUCGUACGACCCCUCCAGCACCGCUCCUCCCACUCAGACAAGCUAUCAGUCUUCUCCCUGGGCUCUCGCCUUCGGUCAGGAUCAGCAGCAGAAUCUCCAGCAGCUGCCCGUCUCUGCCGGCCUCGACAGCCUUGCGGCCACCACACUCAGUCCCGAGUCCAUUUACGCCGCCUCCAUUCCCUCGAACCCGCCCUUGGGCCCGGGCAACCUUCAGGAUCCCGCCAUUCUUCAACCGCACAUCAUCAGCCACCUAACUCCUGCACUGCAGGAGAAGCUGCGCAACAUCGCCAUGCCGCCCCAUCUCCAGUACAACUCCCCCAAGAGCGCCUCCAGCCCCGACUCGGCUGUUGGUGAGGGCAAGACGGGGGUUCUCUCUUCACCAGAUCCCGCCGAGAUGUCCUCCAAGGCCUCACGAAAGCGCAAGUCAUCCGCUGACCCUGACGAGGAAGAGGAAGAUGAUGAUGGCAACCAGCCCGUUAAGAAGACGGCCCACAAUAUGAUCGAGAAGCGAUACCGGACGAACCUCAAUGACAAGAUCGCCGCCUUGAGGGACAGCGUCCCCAGUCUGCGCAUCAUGUCCAAGAGCGCGCGAGGCGAAGACACGACCGAAGACCGCGAGGAGCUUCACGGAUUGACUCCAGCUCACAAGUUGAAUAAGGCUACCGUUUUGAGCAAGGCGACGGAAUACAUUCGACAUCUUGAGAAGCGAAAUAAUCGAUUGCUCGACGAAAACGGUGCGAUGCAGGCGCGAAUCGCUGCCUUUGAAAAGUUGUUCAUGGCCGGCGCCAUGAACGGAGCGAUCAGCCCUCUCCAACAACCACCUACACCAAUUCAGUACGCCCAAGACUCUCAACAGUUUGUCGGGUCACCAAUGUCGGCGACGCAGGAAGGUGGCGCUCCACCAGCGGGCAUGAUUCAGGUUCCCGAUGACAUGAAGAGAAUCAUUUCGGCGCAGAUGGCUGCUGGUCAACCAUAUCCUGUGCCUCAACAGCCUUACCGAGGAGGCAACCCUGCGCUUAUCCGCCAACAACAGAUCCAGCAGCAGCAGCAAAUGCAACAAAAUCGAUGGAGCAAUGCCGGCCCUUACUUUGGUAAGCUCAUGGUUGGUUCACUUGCUGGCCUAAUGAUCUUGGAAGCGGUGCGAGAGGAUGAGGUUAGCAACGAAAAGCCCGAAGGCCGAGGCUUGUUCGCUGUGCCUCUUCACCUCCUCCGAGCUGUGGCGUCUGGCCUUGACAUCAACGUGAUGGGCUACCACAUCCACACUUCUCUACGGAUAAUCCUGCUUCUGGGAACCUUCCUUUGGGUCUUCCUCCCAUCUCUAUUCGCCAAAGCCCAGCAGAAGCCCAAGAAGCCGCAGGUUGGCGUUCUGCAGGCGGCGCCAUCUUUGGCCUCGCCCAUUCACGUUCGCCGACAGGCGUGGCUCACCGCUAUUCAGACUGUCUGGGUUCCUCGCCAUAACUUCUUCCUUGAAGCAACUGCUCUCAUUCUGAAGACGCUGAAGCUCAGUCUUCGUAAUGCUAUUGGUGUUCAUGGUUACCAGAUGCUUACCGGUUUGACCGAGGAGCAGGAGACUGCCCGAGUUAAGGCGUGGAGUAUUGCCCUGGACUCUCAGCUGGCUGGUGGCGACGUUGAAAUUAACAAGAGCCGCCUGGUUCUCACUCUACUCGCCUCUGGUACCCUGCCUGAUAGCCCUAUGAGACUCAUGCUCAAGGCCCUCCAUAUCCGCCUCCUUCUCUGGGAUCCUAGCCAGAACCGACUACAUCUCGGCGCUAGCAACGCCAUUGCCGCCAAGCUUGCACGGACCAAGUGGAACGAGGCCCGACAACUGAACCGUCUUCUAACACAGCUUCGCCGAGGAUCAUCUGAGCAACAUGACGAUGAUUUGCCCGAGCAUCUGGCUGCACUGGUCGAACGGGAAUGCGACGAGGUGCUUAACGAGGAUAUCAUUCAGCGAGCGCACAAUCUGGCCUUCAACACCGAGACUACUUACAACAUUACAGCCCCCAUGGACGGAAUGGAUUCGGUGGUUGACGACACGGCGGUUGGCUCCCCUCUCGAUGCCGUCGCAGCCUGGUGGUCGACUCAAACCCUGCACCGUGUCAUGCUGGCAACUAUGGAGAAGGACGAGGAGGCUCUGCUCACCAAGACGGACGACAUUGAGCUGGCUAUCAAUACCGCCCCGAUUGGAUCUACUGCGCAGGCUCGCGCCAUUGUGGCACGUGCAGUCCUGAUUGACAAGGCCCGUGGAGCUAAUAUCGCCUCGGCCCUGCAAUCGAUGGGAAAUGAAAAGGUUGACGCUCUGCUGAGCACUUCUAUCUGUAUCAUCGACUCAAGCUUUCAAGCCUCGACCCCCGACCUCCGACUUGCUCUCCGCUGCGCCAUGGCCAUCGCCCACCUUCGACGAGUCGAGUGCACUCCUGGCACCACACAUCAAGGUCUCCGCAUUAUUGAAUCCAUCAUGACAAAGGGCAAUGCAUCCCAAAUGUCUCUUCUUGGCUGCACCGCAGCCCUGCAGCUAAUGGAGGAGCUUUUUGAACACAAGGUUGCGGCAGAGACGUUCCAGUCCUCGCUGGAGCGACUAUCUGGUGGUCUCCGCCUGUGGAUGGGUGGAGCGCCUGGAGAGAAGUGCGGCGUCACGUCUGAUGUCCGAGAGAAGGUGGUAGACCGGUGUCUGACCAUCACCAAGAGCGUGGUGGGUAUGGACUCGGACACUGGCUACGGCAGCCUUGAUGAAUGCGAAGACGACGGAUGCUAG